AUGGCGGCUCUGAGUAGAACACAGGAAGAUGCAAGUGAACAAUGGUGGAAAAAUUCCAUGAUGGCUACCUGGCAAAAAUAUUCUUCCCUGGGCCUGCUGGCUAUGGCCUUGCUCUUUGUGGCUGUUGACCAGAGUCAGGCUGGACGCCAAUCCGUGCUAGCUCCGGCCGUUGACCAGAGUAAUUUUGAAACACAAUGCCCUCCCAACAUGGUUUAUGACUGUAUGCGUACGUGUUUCAGUAACUGCGAUAACCUGAACAGCCCCAUUGACGCCUGCAAUGAGACGUGCAUUAUGGGAUGUGACUGCAAAGAUGGUUUUGUCUUUAAAUCCAAGGAUUCCAAGAUCUGUGUCCGUGUAUCCACCUCGUUCCAAGAGGUAGGAAUUGAUUUUAUCUUUGAAGAGGGAGAGUUCCUUGGAGAAAUUUUGGGAUGGAAUUACAGAGUUAUUCUGAAGAUAACUCAUGUGGGAGUGGAGGCAACAAGCUGCCCACCUGAUGCCGAAUGGUCCAACUGUGCAGGAUGUGAGUCUUAUUGUGCCACUCUGAAUCUGAUCUGCACCGAGGAAUGCCGAGAGGGUUGCAAGUGUAAAGAAGACGGAUAUGUCCUAUAUGAAAAUGUCUGUGUCCCGGCCAAUAAAUGUCCUGAAGAAGGGACUCUUUGCCCAGCUGAUGCCGAAUGGACAGACUGUGUAGGAUGUGAGUCUGAUUGCUCCACUCUGAAUCAGGCCUGUAGCAAGGAAUGCCGAGAGGGAUGUAAGUGUAAAGAAGAGGGAUAUGUCUUAUAUAAACGUGUCUGUAUCCCGGCCAGUAAAUGCCCUACGCAAGAACUCUCUUGCCCUCCAAGACAGGCAUGGUCUCUCUGCACGGGAUGUUGGUCAUUCUGUCCCAUUUGGCGUCAGCCAUGUCAACCGUUUUGCCAAGAAGCUUGUGCGUGUGAACAGAGUGGUUAUGUACUACAUGGAAACCAUUGCAUUCCAUUUGAGGAAUGUCCAAUCAUUCCAAGAAAAGGUUUUGGGUGUCCCCAUGACACAGAGUUGCGAAACUGCUCGGACUGCCGCUCUUUCUGCCCUACUCUAGGAAGGGAAUGUGACAACAUCUGCCGAAAUGGCUGCGUCUGUAAGGAAAGGGACCACGUUCUACGCAAAGGGAAAUGCAUCCAAAGGAGAGAUUGCCCAGUCACAAACGUGCACGUUGACCUUUGUCCUAUGCACGCUGAGUGGAGGUUUUGCACUAAGUGCAGCGACUACUGCUUCCCUAAAAGCGACUGCCGCAAGAAGUGUAAUGGCGGCUGCGCGUGUAGGGAUAAAGCGCUGGUCUACUAUAAAGGAAAAUGCAUCCGGCGGCCUGAGUGCCCCAAACUGCCCAAGCAAGGCUAAAGAAAUGGAUAAGAGGCAUCCAAACACCCACAAAUGUAAUGAUGGACUGUUCCUCGGAAUAAAUCAUUUGACUGCUACCAAGGUCUACAAAGAUGGGUCUCGGCAUUUAGUAGUUCCAGUUGCUUCUUCUACCCUUGUACUGUGAUCAUAAAGGAUUUGAUUUCUAUUUUUGGCGCAUAAGAGAUCAUUUUCUUUUCUUAUUUGGAGAGUUAUUAUUUAUCCCCCAAGAACCUUUGCUAAGGAUAUUGUUAGAUUGACCUUAAUGGCAAAGUAACUCUUCAGAAUUCUCUAGUGAAGUUCCACCUUGGUUUCCAUAGAUGUUGGCAGCUUUGAGUUUCUGAAUAGCUGAGCUGAAAUAAUAUUGGCAAGAAAGUUCUGGAAUUGACUAGAAAAUUGAACCUCUAGAAGAAAAGUAAUUUUUUUUUAAUGUAUUUUGCAGCUGUAUAAUGAAUGUAUUUUGCAGCUGGACCUUUGAUAAACGUGCCCUUUAGAAUGCGUAAAUUGGCUCAUAUGGUAGUGACCCAGUACGUUUGGUGUAGUCUGUAGACCCUGCCUAAUAUCAUACUGUGAUUUCUUUCCCAUCAGUCAAUAAAAUCAUAUU